ACAAGAAAUCUUGUUGAUGAAGGAAAUGGCCGUUUUGAUUUGAUGGUUCUCUGCUGGUCUGAAGGCCAAGGAAGCUCGAUUCACAGUCAUUCCGAUGCACAUUGCUUCAUGAAGGUCCUAGAUGGGACAUUACAAGAAUCCAUGUUUGCUUGGCCAGAAGACUCGAAGAAAAAGAACGCCAUGACUCAAUUAGCAGUAAAUACCUAUGAGAGGGACCAAGUGGCUUACAUAAAUGAUUCUAAGGGACUUCAUCGGGUGGAGAAUCCUAGUCACAGUGAUCUUGCAGCAAGUCUUCAUCUCUACUCCCCGCCAUUCCAGUCAUGUCAAUGCUUUGAUCAGAGGACAGGCAAAUCAACCGCAAGUACAGUCACCUUCUGGUCCAAAUAUGGGGAGAGGACACCCUAUAAACCUGGUCGGUCUACAUCUGUGUGCUUUGAACCAGAGAACAACUAAAAGUCAACUGAAUCAGAUCUUCCAUGAGUCACCAGAGAGAGAGAGAGGUAGGAGAAUGAAGGGUAAGAAUGAUCAGUGCUUUCCCUUCUGAAGACAGAGGUCAUGGCCGUGUAACACAAACCUGAGCGAUUAAUAUUACAUUUGAUUUUCACAACUGAUAGUCUAAAGUUUGAAGCAGAUGAUGGCCAGUGCUUCAUGAAUAUCAGUGCUAUGUCGAUCACUUUGCUAUGUGUUACAGGGUCUUGAAGACGCAAGAAAUACAUCUGAUUCAUCAAGAAAAUGACUGAAAUUUGCUAUCGUGAAAUAAAUAUUCAUCAUGAUUCUGUAGAAUGUACAGAAUGUAUUGAAAUACCUUGUCUUUAUUUGCCCUUUUUUCCCCCUUUUUUUUUGUUUGCCCAUGUUCACUUGCGAUCUACGUCCACAGCACCCUACACGGUGUAGUUGGCUAUCUCUUGUAACUGUCAUGAAAUGAGAGUUCUUUGGUUUGACACCCCAUAGGAUUGUUUUCCUUUAUGAUAUCAUUUCACUUCUUUCUACGUAUUGAACUACUUUAAACAACUGCAACAACUCAUAACUUUAUAAAAUAAACAAUAAUAUGCUGUACACUUGUAAAUUCACUGUACAUAGUACUGAAAUGUUAGAAUAAAAAGAACAGCAAUUAAUCAAUUUGACAGCAUUAUUUCUUGAAUAGCAAAACUAAAUAUGGUUUUCGUAAGUGCCUUGUAUAUUUUUUAUUCCAAAAAAUAAAAUAAAAGGUCUAUAUUUUUUUGAGCAAAGAUGAUGUUGGUAUAAUAGUUUAAAACAUCCAGCUUGGUGUAUUGUAAAGUUGAUUGAAUGUUUUACUUUCUCAUGUGCAUUGAUGUUUGAACUUUAGCUGUGUAUGUCUCUACAUGUAUGUAUUCUCUUUUCUCUCUGUUUUGAGUUUAGUAUUAAAUGCCAUUUAUUCAUGUAAAACCAAUAUUCAGUUGAAAAUAAUAUGUUGUAUUCAUAGAAUGGUUAGCCUUUGCUUAAUUCUUGACUGGUGACAAUGGAACACAAAUAAUAUACAUUUAUUCAUAUUUCAUUGAUGAUCAGUUUUGAAAAUUUGAUACCUUAUGAUAAUGGGAAAACAAAUCAAAGUGUAAUUUUCAAUCCUUAAAUUGUAAUUUCAUUCAUUCAUUAAUAUGUAAGGUUAUGGAAAAGUGCAAGGAGGGGGCGGGGGGUUGAGUCCCGUCAGUCAAAACGACAUAAUUUUUUAGUUAUUUUUUUUUUAACCAAGAGGUUUUGAGCAAAGCCCUCCUUACUUUGAAAUUGCUAAAUCCAUCCAGAUACUCAUUCCCUUAUUCUCAAAAGCAAUGGGUUGAACUAAUUUCACAUCAUCAAUAUCACUUUUUAUUACUUCUUUGGACAGAGGAAUAUGAAUGUGGAAAUCACCCAAUUUACAUGUUUUAUACAUGUACAUACGUAUUUUAAUGAAACCACCAGUACAUGCAUAUGUUCAAUAAGUGUUGCUCAAAUAAUUCAACUACAAUAAUUGAUUUGAAUGUACACUCUACAUGUAGGCCAUCCAUCCAUGAAUUGAAGGGAGUCAGAGUAUAACUCUGUGCACUUUAACAAUGGAUUCAAGCUGAUCAUUGCCUGAUUUGAAUGUCAGAAUCAGCCAUACUCUUUUGCACACGAUAUGUAUUAUGAGAUUUAGUUGAAUUUCAAUGCACAUAAUACUAUUUUUACUAGACAUUUAGGUAGCAAUAAUUGUUGAUUGGAGGACAGGUCUUUUCCAGAUACUGGUUUCCAAGUUUUUUGUUAUUCCUUUUGAAGUGGAUUUGCAAGAAAUUUAUGUGCAAUCAAUUGCAAAUACCAGUUUCAAAUUUGUGAUAGAUGACUUUCAAACUAUAUAAUCAAUCCAUACUUUUCUGUUGCAAGAGUUCUUUAUUGCAGAUUGAAUAGGAGAAUAUACCUAAUGUGAUAUAUUGAAUACCGUGCAUCUGAAGAUUGUGUGUUCCAUUAUUUAAAAAGCCUUGCAAUGAUUGAUCAGCUAUUUUGCCCCUUUUUCAUUAGAUGGCAUUCUUUGUGAUGACAUCUGUGAUAAUGUCUUUGGUGACACCUUUGAUACAAUAUUUGAUGAAAUUUCUUGGUAAAAAUGCAAUUACAACUUUUAUUAUAAAAUGGCUGAAAUGCUGUGGCAGACUGUCAGAAAUGGAAGAAAAUAUUCAUUUAAUCUUUGAUAAUCUGAAUUAAAAUUCUCCAGUACCUUGAAAUAAUAAUAGGAACAGUCCACUAAAGAAUAAUGAACUUUUGUUUUCGUUUAAUUUUGUUACUCAGAAAAAAAGUCACAAGUACAGAUAGUGCAAGUUUUGUUAGCCUAAGUUCCAUAUAUGAUGGAGGUUUUGCUAAUCAAUUGAACAUUUGAGAUAAGGAAGCACAGCUAAAUGCAGUAAAACAUGAAAACUUACAAUAUAUUUCAAAGUCACCAGAAAGGCAGGAAAAUAUGUAAACUUAAAUUGCUACCUACCAAAGUGAUAAAAUAAAUCAAGAUAAUGUUUUAUUGAAAUGUUUAUUGAAACUAAAGAACAGAUUCAAUUGUUCUAAAUAUUGAUAUAAUGCCAGUGAGUAGUACACUAAGUAAUUUGAGUACAAUGAUGCAUCAUGGAUUUAUGUUACAAACACAUUGUUUGAGACUUUUAUUGUCAAAACCUCAAUUUUUCCAUGAACAAUGACUAUAUUGGAGCAUUAAAAUUAUAAAUAAGAGGAGUGUAGUGGAAUUAAAUGAAAUAUGAAGAAUCAUAUGAUUACAAUUAUUUCAGAAAUGUGAUGUUUACUUCAAAGAAAGUUGAAAUCAACAAUAAAUAGCAAUGAUUUGCCUUAUUACUAUAGAAGUACAAAUAUGAUGACUACAUACUGUUACAGUAUUAUGUACAUAUAUUUCAAAGAAAAGUGAAUAAAAAAAGUUUUUUUUCCAACAGGUGUACCAACAAUUGAACAAUCCUUUCUAUAUUUAUAUAUACCAAAUGUUUUAAUUUAACAUCAGAAUUGGUAUAACGUCUGUAUUGUGCCACAUGAAUAUAAAGAAACUGGGUGUUAGUGGUAUAAUAGUAUGGAAUUGGUAAUUUUUUGUACAAUAAUAAUUUAAAAUAUUGAUUUAGUGUUGAACAAUCAGAAAAGACAUCAAACUGUUUGGUGGAAAGCAGAUCAUGUCUUUUACUGAAAACAUAUAUUUUACUUUCAUGUUUUAAUCUGCACAAUCCAACAUUGAUGUUAGUAUAGGAAGUGCAGUUUUAGAUUAAAGUACUGAAGGUGUGUUUUCCUCCUACAUUGUAAAAAUUAAAGAAUCACUUUAAUUUCUGCAGGUUUGCAUGUACUGCAAACUUACUUGACAGCAAUAUUGAUAUUUUAUUUUAUGGAUGGUCUGUGCAAAUGUUGAGAAGUCAUAUAUUCAACCAGUAGUGGAUAUGAAUUGAAUUUGCAUUUCAUGAGUUUGUAUUUUAAUGUUUGAACAUAUUAUCUGCCAUCUGUUCAUAGUUUAGAAACAAUAUGAUCCCAACAAAAUGUUGAUUUGAAUUAAUAUAGAAAAUUCAUUCAAGCACUUAUAUGUAACAUUGAAAAUUUUAUCAAAAAUCAGAAUUGAAAUAAUGUAAUAAUAUAUUGUAUGAUUUUACUGAAUAGUUUUCUGCAUAUCCUGGUGGGUAUACAAAUGAGGGAAUCAAUUUUAUCGCCCACUCAUUAUUUCUUUUUGUAUUUUAUCAUAUGAAGUAUUUUAAUUAUUAUUUUCUCAUUUUAUUUGAUUCCUCCCUGAUCAUAAUUAUAGUAUCGCAUACAAUUGUGAUACUGUACAAUGAAGUUUUCUUUUUUGUCAAAUCUGCAAAAUUUGCAAAGUCAUAUUCAUUAUAGAAAAGAGAAAGUGUGUAACAUAAUUUCUCUUGUUUGCAUCCCUAGUCUUAUGCUUAUAACUGUUGUGUAAAACUAAGCAAAAUGUUCACCAUUGCCCGUUACUAAAAGAAAUAGCAUUGCAAAAGAAAACCCAGUGUAUUUUUGCUUUUUUAAGUAAAAGUUAUCUGUGAAAUCUGUAAUGGUGGGUUAAAAAAAAAAAUAUUAUUAUGAAAGCGGGUUAAGUUGUCAAUUAGUGUCAAUAAGUGGUAUGUUUUCAUCCAAGAUAUAAUUUGACAAAGAUGUUCGUUUAGUACCUGUGUGUGGUUUACAGGAACCAAAGUGGUUUGGAAUUAGAUUAUGUUUAGGAUAAAUUUUCCUAAGCCCUUGACAGUUCGCAUACAGUAGAUGAUAUUUUGGGUGUUUACACAAGCCAAAUACCUGUGACUAAUGAUGCAUGGUUGAAUAUCAUUGACAUAAAAGAAGACUGUCUCAAUUCAUUUUUAUUUUUUUUUAAUUAUAUAUAUCCCUUUGAUAUUCUACUUUGAUAGUCUACAGGCACAGACCUAGAUUAGCACUUCAAUCAACAGUGGUUGUGAGAAAUAUUUAGUUUCACAUGGCUCUACACAUUCUGGUAGUCUGGAGGUGCAGAUCACUGCACUGUUCUGAUAAAUUUGAGAUUUUGCGCUUGUACAUCUGAGUAAUAGCCAUCUGAAGUCAACUGAAAUGUGGUAAUGCAGAUGUAAAAUAAACGAGAUUAAUUGAUUGAUAGACAUGUACCCAUUGAAGAUGAUUUGAUUUCAUAAUUUUCAUACCACUUAACCCUAAGAUAUUUUGCCCUUAGGACUCAAAGUGAUGAGACAAUCAUUCUAAUCUACGCAAAUAUGUGAUGGCAGGUUGUUUUUUUUCGUUGAAAAUUAAGUACAACCUUAAAUGAAUUCUAAAUGGUGUUUUUGUUCUUGUAACUACAUUAAGCACUAAGAAGUAUAUUUAUGAUCUGAACUACAUGCAUGCUGAUAUUACAACUGAAAUGAUGGAAACAGCCUUAAAUUCUAGUUCUCUGUAUUUUGCUUUUUUAAUACAAAACAUGUAUAACAUCUUGUGCAUACAUUUCAGUGCAAGAAACGCCACAGUGUACAUAGGUGAACAUGUACCUGUUCCAAGCAUUUGACACCCGUUUCAAAUUUAUGGAGUUGAUUUAACAGUAUAUCCAUGUUUGGUGUUAUGAUCUCACUGUACUGGAGGGUAUAGUUAUAACACACGAGGGUGUGAUCUUCCAUUACACUGAAUGGUGUUGUUCUAAACACCCUGGGUUUUUUUUCGUUAGGAUUUGAUUUUUGUUUUCAGAAGUAUGUUCUGCUUUACUUAUCUGUUCAUUUUCUUUUUUUGACCUUUAAGGCACACUUGUAAAUAUAUAGAAUCAUCAGCUAUUCAAAGAUAUCUUGAACCAAAACACAAGUGCUUGUUGUUUUGGAAGUGCCUAUUUGAAAUUCAGUCGUAAUCCUUGAAGUAUUCAUGGCGUACAGUAUAUCAGAACAAACACUUCUGUGCCUCUUAAUUAUACUUUGCCUCAAGUGAAAAAAAUCUUGAAAGUAGUUAUUUAUUCUUUAUAUGUAAAUAUCUGCAUGGAGCGAAGGCAACAAAAAUGCCUGAAGAUAUGAAAGCUCGUGUUUCAUUUGGUUUAACUAAUUGUGAGCUCACUCAAUAUUUCUGAAGUGUUUUUUUCUAUUUCUUGCAUCUCUUGAAUGUCUUUUUUCACCUUUCUCUCUAUUGACUUCUACUUAGCCUACAUGGCUUGUCUGUUGCUCUCAAUGUAUUAUUUAUUAGGAUGAUGACAUGUUAUAUUUUCAUAUGUUAAAAAAUAGUGGUUUCAACUACAAUCUGUGAUGGUGUCAUACAUGUAUUUGUACAUGAUGUAUUCUGAAUAUUGAGAUGAAAUAAAUUUGCUGAAAGAUGACAGAGAAA